AUGUUUCCAAUCGUUUGUUUUUAUUUUUACUCAGAGGCCAACGAUCUCCAGUCGAAAUCGUGCACGGGAGAGCAAUCGACCGCAAAAAGGAACUCGUUUAAUUUCCGCAAGUUUGGAAACGUGACGGGUUUAGAGGACUGUGUGGAUAUAUGUUGUAGAGAUGAUGCGUGCGAACUGGCGAUACUUUCGCGCGGUUUUCAUUGUUAUGGUGUUUCAUGCGACAAGCCGAAACUUUGCCACAAGAUACUGGACAAAUUGUUAAUGGAAGAUGAAAGACAGCUGCAGCGAAACCCAAGAAAUGCAGGUGAAAUAUUUGAUAAAAUUGACCAGCUUUAGAAAACAAAAAUUAAAACAACAAACUCGUAUAUCAUUUUGAUUUCUGAUUAAAACUUUCUUGCGUGAUUUCUUCCGGGCAACCACGUUUACGGUAACAAGACAAUAUCUUUUCUCUCUCUCAACAGUAUCAAAAUAUUCAAGCCCUAAUUUACUUAUUUUCAAAAAUAAGUAUCAUGUAUCAAAUCGUUUUGCAAAAGAGAGUACAAUAAUAAUUUUCUUAGUCCUGCUUAAAACUUCGACUUUGUACUUCAUACCCAGAUCAUGCAACAUAACUUAUAGUUCUGCUUUGUCGUUAGGAAAGUGUGAAGGAAAGUUUGAUUUAUGUGUGACCUAAGUUAACUUCAUAAUUUUAAGUCCGAUGUAUCAACUUGUUCCUCUUCGUCACCUUAAAAAUCCUAAAAUUACCUUCCAAGUUUGUGAAGCAAAAUUAGUUAUGUUGUGAUAUAACGUUCUGAGAGGAAAAGGCGUAUAUGAUCUUAUCCAAGAGGUGUUCCCUCUUCAAAUCACGUUUUUUUGUUGGUUCUCGUCAUAGCUAUAAUGUUUUCCAACGGGUUCACGGUUUUCCGUCCUCCACAAAACUCCAUAUGCCAAUUUGAGGUGAUUUUAGUGGAAGAAAAACCAACUCGUGUCUUGAAGCGAAGCGCUAACUGUCAUUUGAUCUUUUUCAUUGACGUUCCAGAGGGUAGACGGAGAAAAACUGAUUAAGUUUCCUCAUCGUCACAAUCAAACAUUUUUCGGUUGUUGAUUCAUUUCAAUAAACGUAAAGACUUCUUUAAAAUGAGUGCAUGCAGUGCUUCCCCAGUACGCUGGGAAGGUUUAAGUGAUCGUUUGAUUCAAUUCAGUCCUUCCCAAACUGCUCCACGUACGUCAACCACAGCAAUCACAGCCUUAUCAUGAUUAGUCUAUACGAUUGCCAGUAGAGUCAGAAACGACAAAAAGUACACAUUUAGCCUGCAGCACAUCAAAUUAAUCAAGCAGAUAAACAUUUCCUGGAACAAAAGAAAAAAAUUGGCGAAGAGUCUCAGAUUUCGAGUGCCAUCUUUUGCAAGACAUUUCAAGUCUCUUAAAUAUUUAAGUCACUUGACGUUUUCGACAUUCGAAGGCUUUGUUGAUCAUUUUCUGGAUGCGUUAGGUUUCUAUUUUUCCUCUCAUAUUUGAAGCCUUGUAAUAUUUGGUCGAAUUUCAAGGUUGUUAACGACGGUUAGAUGGGGUUACUUUUAUUUCAUCAGUUGGCAUAGAAAGACUUACUUUAGGAAGAAUAAACGAUUGCAGAUUUUAACCUCAGACGGACGGCAAUGUACGCGCUUUUUGAGGGGGCUUGUACUUUGCUUUGCGAAGAAAAACACGCCAGAGUGCAAAUUAUUCAAGUGAAAGUGUUAUUGAAAUGCUAAAUUGCGUGAAAUAUUUUGAAAGGAUUUUAUCGCUCGGACAGGUGGCACUAUACAAAAUCUCUCAAACACACGUCUCAAGGAUCUCCAGGACUAACGAAGCGAUUCGAGGUGAUCCUAAAACAGACGAGUGUGUCAAAUAUUUUGAUGUAUGCGUUAAAAUUCUUGUAGUUGAAAGACAUUUUGAUAAAAUGCAACCUGUCUAAUACCGAAAUUUUGUCCUCGGGUAGGACCUGAAUUCUCUUGUAAAUCGCACAUAAAUCAAAAGACUGAACCUACGCUAGACGUAAAGAGUGACUGAAUAAACUUAAUACGCCAGGCUUUUUUUGAAGUCUACCGAUAAGUACUUUAUUCACUUUGGUAUCUAAGCAUCGUCAGCGCAUCGCCUAGUUUGAGAUUUAAAUUCAACUGCUUACCAAUCCCAAACAUGUUUACCCCAUUUCUCUCCUUUUGUUUCGAUAGGAUACCAUAAAAUUGUAAAAAGUAACUAUUAUCACCAGUACGCUUCGACAUUGGUGUGAAAUUAUUAAUUGACAUCGGUUCAGGCGGUGCAUCGUGAUCGUCUACAAAUGAAAAAUCCCACCUCUGCUCUCCUGACACCUAGAGAAUAUGAGCACUCUUACAGUCUUAAAAAUCAUAAAGUGCCUUUUAGUGAAGAAACCUCCUUUCAUUUUCUCUGUCACCGAUAAGUAAAGCACUGCAAGAUAACCGUCGACAGCUGCUAGCUACCAGUUUAAUCACAUAAAAUAGCAGGGUUACCUGGUUAAGCUUAACACGCAUGCAUUUAUUGACGUAUGAUUUUAUUCCUAAAUGGAAUCCAAACAACAAUUUUAUUUCCUAUAAACCAUAGUCUUUUUCGUGUCACAAACGUAUUAUUUUCUUACCCGUUUUGAUUUUAUUAUUGGAUAUUAGCACUACGACUCAAUGAAAUUCUAUUUGAAUUUUACUUAUAGGAACAACAGACUUUAUCAGGCACACGUCACAAGUCACCAACCCGAGGUGUCCAAAACGCUUUGUACCCAGCUUUCAUGUCCUUCUCCUCCCUGCCAGAACAACUCGCGAGUUUUACAAAUUUUCUCAGCAGUCGAAGGAUGAAGGCCAAUGCAAUACGCAGUGCUGUAGAUCACGUGAAUGCUUGCUCUCUUUCAUCGAAGAUGAAGAGUGUUAUGGCGUUACUGGUGUACCAGCUGAUAGCAACAGCACAAAUAGUACACGAGAACCUACGCUUGGUUUAGAAAUCGCUAUUAUUGAUCGAAAUAAAGGUUAGUCAAUAUGAGUUCCGUGCAAUAUCGUUGUAAACCGUAGAGCGGUUAAAGGCAAAGCUCUUUUUCGAUAUUGAAUAUAUAUUUAUAUCGCACUACGAAAGCGAUGAAGCAAACAGAAGUAGCCCCAGAAAGAAAAUACCAGAUGUAAUCGUCCAUAAAGCAAAGACACUUUUUCUGUGUUUAUAUGCUUUAAUUCUGCUUCGAGGGUUUGUAUUGUAGUGGAAAAGCUGGUGAAAUUCCCAGCCAUUUAUACAAACAUACAAGAUAGAACUCAGAAAAGCAUCAAUCUGUUCUUUAAUCGAUUUUCACAGCAUAUUGUUGAGCAUUAUAAUUACAUCGCCGCUUUUUUAGCAGACCCUCCAUAGACUUUCUGACAAAUAACGUCGAAGGUAGAGAAUAUUUGAACCGUAUUCUAACUGCUUGGUACCACGGAAAGGUAAAAUUCUUUACCAUUUGCGUAUAAAUUUGGAUUUACUGAUGAACAAUUUAUUUCUCUCAGAGAUUUCUAGAAGCUUGGAUGAUGGAGAUGAAGAUCCAGAUGAUAUAGGUUCCGACGACAGCGAUAUAAAGUCGUCAGAUACAAAACUGCCUAGGCUUCGGCCAACUGAAGUCAACAGCAACCUACAGACGUCACAGGUUGGCAAAAUAUUUUCAACUACAAAAAAAACAAUCGCAAAAGCCAAGGAGAGCGUAUUCUCAAAGAGGAUACCGACUAUGGGACCUACAAAACAUGAGGCACAGCCCACUGCUAUGGGGCAUGAACAAAAUCUAUCAAAUCAGUCAAGAACUAAGCAUCCCAAAUUUCCUACUACUAAGGAUAUUAAGACAAAAGGUGUACCAUUUCAUUUCAAAGGCGUUGCAAGUAGAAGGACUCCUUCAGGGACUCCUUCAGUUUCCAAAAACAGAGCAUUCAAAAUAUAUUCCAACAACAAAAGUUUGACGAAACACUUAAGCUCAACACUCACGCAAAGGGUGAGCCCCUCUAAAGGUGGAAAAGUUACAAAAGUAAAGCCAACAGUAAAAGUUUGGAAGGCUGCUGAAACCAGACGAGGAACUCAAAGUAUAGAAACUGGUGGAAACCCUAAAGGAAAGCAUUAUGUCAAACAUCUGAAGCUAAUUACAAGGACAACUACUGCGAUGAAACCCAGCAGUAAAAGUUCAAAGGUAUCACGAAUAAGCGAUAGAGGUUUUGAAAUUGGUACGAAAAGGCUCGAUACUCAUCACAAGGGGUCCACUGCACGUCUAGUGGGGGGAACGGACGAAGGAAACUCUCGUGUUGAUGAAGGUUCAGUGAGUGGAUUUGAUGGUAUCAGUGGGGAUCACAGAUAUUCUGGAGAAGACCGUGAAUUCAGCGGACAUAAUGCUUUCAGCGGAGUAAGUGGAUUUGACGAUAUCAGUGGAGAUCAGGGAUAUUUCGAUAAAGAACAUGGAUUCAGUGUACAUGAUGAUUUCAGUGGAGUAGGCGAAGACGAUGUGAGUGGGAACCAUGAAUAUUUGAGUAGUAGUGGUGGCGAUUCGAGCAAGGAUAGCAGUGAUUUAAUGGAAAAUGCUAAGGUGCUAAGAGACGAUGGUUCGGUUGAACAUCAUUUGAGUGAUGCCGACCUGAGUGGCAGUGAUAUUGGAGUGGGUGGAUAUGCAGAAAAUUCAGAUGAAAGUGGAAAAAACGGUAGAAAAAGUGAAGUAGGUUCCACGGAAGAAGGGGAUGGGCCAUAUAAGAUAAAUCAUGAUGUAACAAAGCCAAAAUUGUAUCAGGGAGAAGACAAAAACGGGAACAUGGCGAGAAAAAAGAUUGAUCUCAUUAAAGAUUUGGAAGAACUUGGAUCAGAUGGAGAUAAGAGCAGCGUGCAUAGUAAGCAAACCUCGAAGAAAGUUGUAAAAGUUCCUCGUAUCAUAGUGUCUGGUAUAAAGAAGGACCCGAACACCAAAAAAGGAAAAGAUAAAAGAAUGAAAUCUAGGAAGGUUCACUUUGAUUUAAAACAGUCUCGUAAAAUAAAGAACCAAUCAAGUUCCAAAGUAUCACGUAAAUUGCGACCGGAAAGCCAUGAUGUUAAAGCAAGUAAUGUCAGAGCUAAGUUAAAUCCCAAGAAAAGGAAAAAUUAUGGUAGGACAGAACUGUUAACCAACAAGACGGUAAGGAAGGAAAGAAUUCAAGAUGGGCAUAAGCGUUCGAAGAUGAAAUCAGUCAAUAGCACAGUGAAACACACCAAGCCCAGUGACCGAAAUUCGUCUGGGCGACUCAUGAAAACAAAAGACAACGUUACAGACAUAGCUACUAAGCCGUUACUCUUUCAUGGAGCACGGAAUGAGGGUAAUAAGCAUAAUGUAAUCAUCAAAAGGAACAAGGUUAACAGAAAUGCAGCAAACUCUACCGCGUCACAGAUUAUUCCUAAAGCAAUAUCUACGGGAAAAGUUCGCAAGGGUAAAUCAAUUAGCCGCCGUAGCAAAGGAAAAGCUAAGGUCAUUCGAACAGGAGACAAUGCGACUUCACAUAGACCAUCAACGAAGGGCUUGACUGUGAAUUAUCAAGCAAAUCAGGUAAAACUUAAUGGCAAAGCCAGUCUGGAAAAAUCGAUGGGAAAGGGUUAUCAAGCAAUCAAUCAAAAGAAACGGAAAUCUCUAGAGUUUGUGGGAUUCCAGGGAGGCCACCGCUUACAAAGCAAAGUUAAACCCUUGACAGAAAACAAUGAGAAGCCUACAACAUUGGGAAACAAAAAAGUGGGUCGCACGAAAACGAAAAGUAGGUUGUCAAAUGUCAACUACACAAUUAAGGACACUGGUGAUCUUAUGCAAUAUGCCCAUCGGAAAGUGUCCGUUAGGCAUAAAACAACGCUUAAAGUUAUAGCCGGGCGUAACGGCUCCAAUGUUGAAGGUAAAACGGCACAGAAAGUCAGUUCAUCGAUAAAAGUAAUGGCUCAUAAGAAAGUUCAUAAAAAGUACGGGACCAGUCCAAAGGACUCACUGCAAAACAACGUUCCGCGUUUUCAUCGAAAACCUCAUGUCGCACAUAAGAAGCAAAAUAGUAUGCAUGGACGGAGGGCGCCGAUAUUUCAUCUACCGACCACGACCUCAGAGAAAGGAAACCGUAUAAAGGACUCAAAAGGCAGUAUUCAUCAAGACCUUAUGUUGUCCUCUACUGAAGGGAGCUUAUCUUCUAAAGAAAACCGUUCAUUUGUCUCCCACAUUACAUUUUCGCCCCAUCAAUUCAUAAAUACUUUAAAAACAAAUACUUCCCACGUAAAUAUAUCGGCAAAGCAACGCAGCAACAGCAACGCCUCUGACGCCAAGGCUACGUUCGUGGGUCAUUUUGUGAACGAUAGUGGUGCUAGUAAUGGUAUCGAUUUUUCAGUUAAAUCCAGUGAAAAGCACCAUAAACUUAGCAGUAAGCACCGUUUAACUGUUGAUUUGGACGACUUAGGAGACGCUGAUUUUGAUAUAAUGAUGUCAAAUGAUAUUCCUCACAAGGACUUACCCAAGAAGUCGAAGGGAAAAGAUAAAAAACAUGCAAGUAAAGGCAACAAAAAUUAUGAUAAUAGUAGAACAGAGAAAAAGAGGAAACACAACUCCCAUGGUAACGAUGAAGAUGAUGACGCUAAAGGAUCGUUCUACAAACAGAAAGACCAAAGUGAGGCAACGAGCAAAGGCAAACUCCAUCGACACCAUCAUCAUUCCCAAAAGGAAAAGGAUAAAGAUGCCAACGAGGAAGAUGAAGAGGGAACCUCCAGAGAAGAAGAUGGUCGCCGAAAUGCUGAGCGCAAAUCGCGUCAUCACCAUAGGCAUCAUGAUAAUGCCAAUACUGUGAAACAGAAAGACUACGAAGACGAGAAUCACCAUCAUAGUGCACAUAAGGGACAUCUGCAUCAUAAAAAGAAGGAAAACAACGAAGAAGAUGGUGAGGAUAACAGGGAGGCUAGGAAGCAUAUAAAACACCACCAUGUUGAACGAGACGAAAGUGAUCGUUCAAGUGAUGAUCAAAAGAUGAAACAUCGACGCCACCAUAAGCAUAAGGAUCACGACCAUAUACCCAAAAUAAAAUAUGAUGACAAUCAUUGGCAGGGAAAAGUUAUUCCUGGACGAGUAAAAAUAACGUAUAGCAAAGACCAUGCCAAGAAGCGACAUUAUCACCAUCACAAGCAUAAAAUUCAAAACGAUGAUGACCGCUCUGAAACACGAGAAAAUCACCAUAACCGGAAAAAUUCCUUUAAGGCGCACGAAAUGGACAGCGAUAGCGACGAGGAUACUAAAAACAGAAAACUGCAAAAACAUUUUAAGGAAAAAUCUAAUGACAAUCAUGAGGGUGAUGACGAUGACGAAAAUGAUGAAAAGCAAACAAGUCACAGAGGGAACACUCACAAGAAAAAAGAGGAAAGGGUGGAAGAGAAAACAGACGUAAAUUAUGAAGUGGUUAAAAAAGGUCGGCAUAGGGCAUCUCACGAUGAAGAUAAUGGCGAUGAUUCCGAUGAAUCUUCUGAAAACAAGCAAGAAGGAAAAGAGGAUGACAGUGAUGAGGUAGAAGACAACGACAAAGUUAAUGAGGAAGACAAAGAUAAUGCACAUGACCAUAGCGACGGUAGUGAAAGAAAGAAAAAUAAUCGAGUAGUUUUAGGAGACGAUUCCGAAGACGAGGACGAAGACGAAGCUAAUCAAACAGAGGAAAGUCAUGAUGCAGACGGACACUGGAAUAAGCACAACUACCAUGAACAAGAACAUGCUAGCAACGAGGAAGAGUAUCAUAAAAAUAGAAAUCGUAAGGAAUAUCACAAACCUCAUUUUUACCAUAAGCAUUGGGAAUCUAGACACAAGCACCAUGAAUCUCAUUUUGAAUCUAAGGCAAGUGACGAUGAUAAUAGGGAUCAUUUUGGCGUUGAGGCGGAGAAUAACUUGAAACAUGAUAGACGAAAUUUCAGAAAAUCCAAGAUUUAUCACAGAGAGAGGAAGAAGGAAUGGAGGGAAUAUCAUGAAGCAGAAGGUGAAAAUGAAGAAACUAAUAAUGAUAACCAUGAAAGACAAUUUCAAAGGAGUCGUAAACAGUACCAUUAUCAUCAUAAACGCCCGGAAUGGAAAAAUGACAAGACGACAGAAGAGUAUAGGGAACAUAACGAGCAAAAGGAAGCAUAUGAACGGGAUCCGUUAAGGAAUAACGAAGACGAUAAUGGAAGAAACCUGGAACAUAUCGAUGAACAUAUCCCUGAUUAUCAAAAAGAGCGUGAGGGAGUAGAAGAGAUUCCCUCUCGUGAUAGAAUUGAGGAACGCAGACCAAAUGAUGAAUCUGGAGAAGGCAAACACAAAAAACAUCAUCACGAAAAGUUUCACCACUUUCCUGAAGACGAUGGGGUUGAGUGGAAAAAUAAAGAAGAUUUUGAAGGGAAUAAGUAUGAAAAUGGAGAUGUUCCAUACAGACGUGAACAAGCGCACAACCACCGGCUGAUGGAUGAAGAUGAGAAACCGUACGAGGAUAACAGAGACCAUGAGGUGCACUAUGAUCAUGGUUCCAAACACAAGCCGAGGCACUGGAAGAAGUGGCACCGGAAGAACCACCAUCACUUCUAUGAGAAAGACCAACCCGCUUUUGAGGGUACUGGGGGCCCGUUUGAUUCUUCGGCAUCGAUGCGCGUUUACAAUGCUGAUAAUGAUGAUGACGAUCAAUAUUAUGGUGGUGAAGGUAAUCAGGAAUACCAGGGACGUAAUCAUUAUAAGCACAAACAUCGUAAGCAUAGGCAAAGCUAUGAAUUUUGGGGUAAUGGAAAUCAAAACCCCUACUAUUAUGAUUACAACUAUCACAAUUCUAGAGCUCCAUAUGGAUACUAUAAGCCAGGGUCUAAAUUUCGUUCAUAUUCUGAAUGGCGUAGAGAGCACUACGGUGACUAUGAUAGAUGGAGACCGAAAGCUUCUAGAUGGUACCCGCAUAACGAGCACUGGAAUAGAAAAUCGUCUUGGCCAGCAUCUCAAGAUAACAAACCUGUAGACUUCCAAUGGAAUAAAUUUUACAACAACAAUGGCAUGCCACCGAUACCUACCCCUUAUCCUGAAGAUCCAUCAAACCGUUGGCGACCAACAAAUCCACAGUGGAAGCCACCCGAUCAGACGCAAAACAGCUUUGGGAAAAAUAACUGGUCCUCAGAUCAAUAUCCGAGUCAAGGACACGCAGGGGGCGAGGAUCAAAACCAAAAACAAUACAAUGACUGGAGUAAAAAUGGGCCCCCUCUUCACUUAAAACAGGGUGGUUACGGACCACAGAGAAACCCAUUCGCACCUGGGUUGCAGCCGUGGAGAAAUAUCAAUGCAACCAAGCAGGGUGGUGGACAACAAUCAACAGGAGUUCAAUCACAAUAUAUUCCUCCUGCUCAACAAAACUCCAAUAAAGUUUUUAAUCAGACUAAGUUUCACCCUACAAAUCGCCCGAAAUACCCAGCUGGUUCUUCAUCGCAAGUUUCAGGCCCAACGAAUAUCAACCAGAUCAAAAAAAUUAUGGAUAAGUUGAACACUCCUCCAUCAACUUCCGGCGUUCGACCAGGCAAAGUUGCUCCCACUGUCAAACAAGACAUAUUGCACAAUGCGACGACCAACAAAGAUGGAGUUCCCAAGACAAACUUGACCACCACAGAUCAAUUGAAAGAUAAAAACCGCCUGAAUGGAUUUUUCAACGAAGAAAAAAAUGGAAAGAAAAAGUCAGAGAUCUCACGGCCUGCGAAUAGAAGCGAGGAUCGACAAGCUGAAAAAAUUACAAAUUCUCAAGGUAGAGCAUUGUAUUAUUUUUCAUCUACUUAAAUCCAGAGCCCCAAUGUAGAAGACUGCUUGUGUCAAUACACCAUCAAUUACUUUCCGUUCUUUCCCAUUUAUGUUCCUAUUCGACGAAGUAUAAUGAUUAUCUCUCUGUGGUAGAGUACUUCCUGACCAAAGGAAGCUUUAUACCUUAAAUAUUUGAUACUUUCCAGAUACUCUAAAAUUCUAAGUUCUGGUCCCUAAAGCUAUACCCGUCCCCCAUUUUUACAGGAAACACCUCGCAGCAUGCCAAUCUAACGUCGCAAACAACCAAUACCCCACCCAAACCUCCUUCCAACCAAGUCACAAAUAAAACGACAGGAGAUCAUACCAAUCCACAACAGGCAGCUGGAAAUCGAACCAACAAGCCUACAGCGCCCACACUAAAGAGCUCCACAACGACUGCCAAGCCAACCACUCAGACAACCACUGAACACACUCCAGCAGCAGCACCAAACUUUGGAGACGUCUCUCAAUCCGAUGAUUCUUCAGGUAGAUGUUAUGACUCUGUUAUGCUACCUGAGUCAGGAUCCUCCACACACCCUUUGAUUCAUGAACCUGUUACACAUAGGUGGAAGAUGAGAUUAGAAUGAAGAAAGCAAACUAGGUCUCACUAGCCCCUACGGUUGAUUUUAUUGUUUCAGUUUAUACGAGUUAUAUGCCUUUAACAGGGCCACCAAUGGUGGAAUAAUGAAACUAAAGUAAUCUUGUGUCAGGAGACAGUUCUGAGAAUAGCAUUGGUUGUUUUCUUGUUAGGAAAAAAGCUAUAUAGGAAGUAUACGCAUUUUUUUAUUUUGGAAACCCAAGAAAGUUCGUGUAAAGAGUGGAUUGUUUGAGUUCAGAACUUACCUGGUUUAAAUUAAUAUGUUUUUCUAGUUUUUUCACGUUCGUGGACAAAGAAAGAUUUAGACUCCCCCUAGCGAUUCGAACUUCAUACCUCCGAAAUCCGCGCUUUGACGCUCUACCACUGAGCUACAGAGAUCUCUGUGGAGAGCCGUGUCAUAAUUAGGCUCAUAUGGGGCGCACUUUCUAUGUACUGCUGGGAUCUUAAAACGUUCGAGCUCGAAAUUUACUCUCUUCUAUAUAUAGCUAACCCGAUAUUUUUUCAAACAGAAACAGGAAAGAAACAUCGGAAACACCGGGCUCCUAUUUGCAUGGCGGGUAAGACAACAGACGACGUCACUUUACUGCGAGGGAAAAAGGCGGGAAACUUUACCAACAUUGGCGACGUGGGCGACUUCGAGAUGUGUAUCAAGAGGUGCUGUCAGACGAAGACAUGCGACCUGGCUUUUAAGUCUGCAGAGACUUGCUUUCUCGUAAACUGCUUUGAUAAAGAUUCGUGCAAGACCACCGAGUCCCUGGAUGAUAUAUUCAGUCCUCGGAUGUGUUUUGUGAAAAGGCACUUAAGUGACGAAGAAAAAGGUAACCAAUUGUCAUCGAAAUCUUUUAUGAAAUACUUUUUGGGGAUGCAAAGUUUUUAGAGUUAAAGUAAAGGUCGCAUACGACCACAGAUCCUAAGCAUUAAAUCAUUUCUGUUUAAGACGAUCAAGAUCAAGAUGGGAACGAUGAAUGGGACGACAAAGUCUCUCCUUCAGGUAAUUUUAUUACGCAGCAGACCUCUAAAUGAUUGUUACUCAAGAAAAGGUUUUUUUGUCUUUUCACGAACGUGGGACAAAGAAAAAAAAUUUACUUAUCGAACCUUAGACCUUUCACCGUCAAUGUAUUGAAUUCUGUUGAAGCCUUAUUAUUUUUCAGACCUUAUUUUAAUCACUACUUCCGCAUUUGCUAUUGUUGCAGUAACGUGUCGUCUAUUUCAAACCUUAAACCACAAUUAAUAUAAAUUAUUUUAAUGUAUUGUUACUUGUGUAACUGGAAACGAGUGGAAUUGUUAUGUUGUAUGACAAGACGCUUGUUGAAUGCUUCUGCACCAUUUCGCUUCUCGAUGCUCACUGAAAGCUUUUUUUUCUCAUUCGGUCACAAUAUCAUCGCCACAACUUAAGUAAUCACAUAAAAAGGACGUUUUCCUCUGUCUUUAUUUUAGGAAUUCGUGAAGUCUGUGAUAUGGAAAAGGCUCUUGGAAUAUUGUGGAAGAAAACGAUUGCUGGGCGUUUCUCUGCCCAUCCAUGCCCACGCGGCGCAAAAGGUAUUUCUGAAUAGAAAAACUGAUGCACAUGAUCUGUCUUACCAUUUUUGUUGUAAGUUAGAGGACCCUUACUAGGUUACGCUAUUAACUGAUUGGCACGAACAUAGAAACAUCGCAAUAUUAUUUCAAACUACAGAUAUCUGUAUUUCGUGUAAUGAUCGUUUCGUUGAUCUUUUUUAAACCUUUUAGGUUUUGUAAGACGGCGUUGCGAAGCUGAUUCAAGAUGGAUGCCGCCUGACUUCAGUGAUUGUGUGUCCAAUGGCUAUCAAGAUCUCUAUGACAAGGUAAAACAAUAUUCUGUGGCGCAUGUUGGGAUACUCUGACCACAGUGAAUCCAUUCCCAACACUUUUGAAUUCUCAAAGCGAAAUAAAGAAGUUCGAUUUUAUAGGUGGACCUGCAGAGGACGUGUUGGUAUAAUGAUAAGUGCGGUGAAAUACGGAGUUAAAGGUCUGGGUAUGUCUUCUAGCUCUUCCUUUACACCGAGGAUAUGGAGAAGCCGCUUAUGCCAUAUUUAAAACAGAUCUCUUUUCCUCAUAUCGAAACGGACUACUAAGCUUUUAUAAAGGGGCUGGUUUAUAAAAGAAAACUGUGAUGCUGCGCAUGCGUCGGUGGGAGUGUUACAAGAUAAUUCAGUAGGUUAAAUCAACUGAGUUAAUAACAUGAAUUUUCCACCAUGGCCAAUUUACAUCAUCAGUUCAGUUGAUAAAACCAAAUGAUAGGGUAAUUUAGUGUUAUCAACCGAGUUGAUAACGUAAAUUGGCCACCGUAAAGAGUCUUGCCUUUAAACUCUUUACGAUGGCCAAUUGGUGUUAUCAACUCAGUUGAAAACACUAAAUUACCCUGUUAUAUUCUCCCACCGACGCAGCACCACAGUUUCUUUAGAGGCUUUCCCUACUAAAACCAACUGAUAACUCAGCUUUAAAUCUGGUGUGCUCAUAUCGACGUUAAGUUUUCAAUAAACCUAGUGUUUAAAACUGAUUAUUCCAACCACUCCGCAUUUAAACCUUUCGAAAUUUUUGCAGUCUAGAAAGCUUGCCGCUGGAGCUGACCCCAGCCCACUCAUACGGGAACUGUCACAGCUGACAACCCAGAACAUCGACAAUUCCUUGAUAUUCGGAGGAGACCUAAACCGAGCUACAGAUAUUAUGGCCGCUAUAGUACAGCAUAACGGACAAACUGAAUUCUUAGAGAUGACCAAAGAGGAUGUAGAGGUAUAUACAUUAUUCGCCAACUUUGUUUGCGUUUAUUUUGUUAGCAUAGUGUGAAACACAUUUCGAUAGCGAGCCAUUAAAUCAAAACUUAAUUGAUCCCAAUGGCCGAUUAAAACAAUGGAAUAUAUCAUAAGCAGCCAAUGAGAAUUCCACGAAACAAACAAGUGCCUGAGGCGCGGGAAGACGCGAGAGAAUAAGUGGCGAUUGGUUUAAAUUUUGUACCUGAUGUGGUUGAGAAAGUGAUAUGAUACGAGAUGUAGAAACCGAGCUUGAUAAAUAACAGUGAAAUAAAGCAAACCCAUUCAAUGCCUGGUUGUUAAAACUAUGGGGAGAAGUUAUGUCAAUUAUAUCACGUUAGGAGUGCAAAGUAUGCUAAGAAUCUCUUUUUUUAACUACUCUUUGAUAAAAUGCGUUUUCGCCAAGUUCUUUGGAGGAAAGAGUGAGGAAGAGUCUGAACUUCAAAGAUACAAAUCUUUUUAGAGUUAUCCAUUGGUUCCUUUAUUUAAUAUUCUUAUUUAGAUUUCACAGAUUAAGAAAUGCAAUUAAAAGCUGUUUUUUUCAUAAUAAUUGACAAUAAUUUAUCAACAUUUCUGAUCAGAAUUUUGUAAGAGCCAGCAGUAAUCUCCUGGAUAUGACAAAUCAGCAGGAAUGGUUCAAUAUCCAAAAGGUAAUAAACGAAUGUGUCAUGGACAAGUCAUUAUUUAUCUUCGGGGGGGGGGGGAUUAACUUCAAGUACCUAGUUAUCUCUUAUCAUGUGGAGAUGUUUUUGUAUUCUUUUAGCCAAAAUUUUUGGCAAUUUUUUAGAUAUUUGCCUACCUAGUGAAUCAUGAACUGAUAUUUGCAUUGUUAUAGAAUAAACCGGGGUCAGCGGAUGUUCUGCGAGCCAUGGAAAUGUUUGCACUUCAAGCGGCACGACGACUUUCCCGAGAAGAUAUGGCGGAACCUACCAUCACUAACAAUAUUGGUGAGUCAGGUUAACUUAAAGAGGCCCAGAUCACUUCUCAGAAUUUCCCUUUUUCUCGGUUUAUCACGAAGCAAAGAACCACAAUCCCUCCGCGUGAUGGACCGUUAACAGGAAUGGUAUAUCCACCACUCAAAGAUUUCCCGGCUGAGGAUUAUUCCUGUCUGUCUAUCAGUCUGGCUGUAAAUUUAUAUAAUUUGAUUUUAUAAAGAAGUUUGACGAAGAGCUAACGCUGACCAAGUCAUCUUUAGAAAUUCUUUUCCGUAGCCAAUCAAUUACAUUUACAAAGCACCGACUAUUAAAUUUCAGAAGUUCAAGAGUAACGGGUACGAAUGCGGUAAAAGCGAACUUUCACUUUACCCAUAAUCCUCUACUUCUAGCUUUGCCCACAUACCUUAGAUAUGAAUAGGACAAAUAAAAAAAAUUGAGAGCCUGACUCUAAAUCAUGAAAGAAAGAUUAAACGUUCAUUUAUCUACAAAUCCAUGAUGACCAACAUUUUCUAUAACAUACCGUACAGUACACGCGAAUGACAUCUGUGUAUGGAUGCCAACUUGAUAAAGCAGUUCGUCCGUCCUUACUUACAGUACACCUGUCCGUUUGUUUAUCUCCUGUUAGAAAUCUGACUUCUACCUCUUUACUUUUCUACCAUUUUCAGUUAAUGAAUUGUUUUAUUUUUUUAAUAGUUAUUAAGAUGGACAGAAAGUCUGCAGGGGAUGAUGGUCUGACUUUCCCAGACUUUGCUAAUCCAAGAGUCAAUCGCUGGGAUGCGAGACAUGACGUCAUCGCCCUUCCGUCCUCUGUGUUUGCCCAAAGUAAGUCCAGGUUUAAGGAAUGGAAUACAUCACUUCCCUUUAAGCCUAUUUUCUAUGGUACCAUUAAUAAAUAGUUUCCAUGAUGCCAUGCAUCUGUUAAGUAAUAGAUCACAGAUGACGUCAAAAUUUGUUAAGAGCAAACAUAUGACACACGAGGUGCAGCCGUGUCUGUCACUGUUGUUAUCACUGUACUUUGUAACAUGGAAUCUAUUUGUUUGCUAUGAUAAAAAAGCCAAAUGUUACUAAUGACGUCAUCGAUGCGUCUGUCACCCUAUAGAGUACAAGUUAGAACCAAUCAAAAUGCGUGUGUGAUUCAUCUUAAAAUUUAACUCUUUAACCCCCGAGAGGGACUGGCAUCUAAUUUAUCCUUACCAUAUCACCCCUGAAUCAAACAUUAAGGUCAGAAAAAUAAGGGGAACUUUUCACCAGCAAAAGAAGCUCUUGAUUGUUAAAAAAAUCUCCUUGUCAGCACCUUAGGAAACGUAUAGAAAACAUUAUGGAGAAUAUACAUAUUGAUGUCAGGGUGCAAAAGGUUACAACUGAAUAGAAAAUAUUUACGUUCAUGUUUCAGCUACAAAAGAUGUGAGUGUUGCUACAAUCAGUUUUAAAAGUUUGCCCUACUUGCUUCCCGAUUCCAACGUCAGGUGAGACUUUACAUUAAAUUGAUCAACAUGAACUUCAUGACUUUCAACACAACUCACGAGCAAUGUUAGUUUCGAGCUAACAAGUUACUUAUGUCUUCCCACAGUACUGGUCUUGGUCCAAAUUCCAAAGUGAUGUCAACGGUACUGCACCCCCACCCCCAAGGGAAGAUUACCCCACCCGUUACUAUAGUACUUAGUCACAUCAAGGUGAGAUGGGCAGGUUCAUACAAUUUUAUCCCUUUUAACCCCCAAGAUAUCUUAAGUAAUUCUCGUCACUGUCUGCCAUACAACUCGUAUGAUGUUAGUUUGGAGAAUUUGUAAUUGGAUCAACUAGUAAUCCCCUUAUUCAUAUUUUUCCUCUUUCUCAUUGCAUGUCUGCUUGGCACUGUAUUUAUAUUGUAAAGACAAAUUCCUUCUUGGUCACUUAUAAUAGUUGAAGGUCUAAAAAAGUUAGGAAAUUGAAAUGCCAUCCUUUUAUUUUUAAACCUGUAGAUGUGCAUGAACUCAAGAAGUAAAAUCUAUAAACCAUUUCUUUUCUCGUUUUUUUUGACAGCGAAAGCGUGGAAAUCCUAAAUGUGUAUUUUGGGAUUACGCACUGAGGUAUGUUUAUGACAAACGUUCAUUUCGUUGGCACCUAUGUUUCUGUAAACGUUGAAAGCCUUUGUUAUGCACGCUGAGAAGCCCGUGCCACUGAGGCGGGGCUCAUCUAAGUUAGAUUGACAGGAGGCGAAGAGGAGUUUUUUCUGUUUGUCUUUGAAAGUGGCUGGGAUUCUUGUCCAUCACGGACGAAUUUUGCGCGCCCAUUUAUAACCCUGAAUAGAAAGAGGCACUGAGGCUAAGAUAACGGAAACAUGGUCCGGGUUCGAGCCUAGUUUUCUCGAUCGUGAGUCCAGCACAUGAAAACACUAUGCUAUCGGACAAUGUCUUUCCACUGAUUAUGAGAAACGUCUAUUUAUGUUUUCCUCAAUUUUAACGCAACAAAUUAGUUUCUUUUGGAUCUAAUUAAGUGUCUCUCAUAUUUAUUUCACCAGUCCCCACAGAGGCGGGGCGUGGUCAUCACGUGGCUGCUGGCUAGCAUACAAUAACCACACCCACUCAAUUUGUCAAUGUAGUCAUCUGUCAAACUUUGCCGUUUUAAUGGAUCUCUCAUCGGACGAGGUGAGUUUACUUUUCGUCGUCGCGUUUCCGUUGUAUAAUCCUUGCGUAAUUAUAGUUCUGGACAGUGUAUGUGGCAGUGAUUGUACAUAAUUGAGUUCUCCUGCUCAUAAGACGUCUGAGGUCGAGGCUGUCCCAAGAGAGAGAAUACUUUCCUUUUCUAACAAUUUCAGGUCUCACAAAAGGAGCAGAAGAGAGAGAGGACAAUGGCUUUGAUGUGGAUUGGUAUUCCUGUGCUUAUCGUGGGAGUGAUUGGUGGCCUGUACAUGUCCUUUAGCUGGUGAGGUUCCUCAUUAACCCUUGACCUUUGAUACUCCAUCUUAAUUAAUCCUCUACACCCCAACAUCAAUAUUCAUAUUCCCCACUCUGUUAUAUUUACAUUUGCCUUGCAUUUAACAUGAACAAUUUAUUUGACAAUCAAUAGCUUUUUAAAUUGGAGAUAAUUUUCCUUUUACUUAUGACCUUAAAAUUUGAAUCAAGGGUGACACUAUGGGGAGAAAUUAGUACCCAGUGACUCUCACGGGUAAAAGGGUUAUGAGAAUAAUUUGUCUAAAAUUAUAUGGUUAACACUUGUCUCUCUAUCUCUCCCUCUUCUCAAUUAAACUUAGGAAUCGAAAAUCAGGAAUGUCCAGCAGUGUAACGAGGCCUCCCGUGGCACGUGAGUUUAUAACUUUCUUUAUAACAUAGCUAGUAAAUUUGUCUAAUCAAAUUCAAUUGCGCGAGCGUGCUUCAUAUUCCUAUUUUGCAUGCUCAUGACGUCAGCAAACGAGUCCGUCGAGAAAAAAAUUUCCAUUGGGUUGAAAAUGUUAUAAAACGAUUGGUUCAUACGUCAGCUGUGCGUUCAUCGAGAUAUGAAGCACUUGGGGAGUUUGGAGAGCACUCAAGAAGCUAGAGUUGCUCUCGGCUAUGCCUCGAGCGGCUCUUACGCGUCUUUCGUGCUCUCCAAACCUCCAAACCAAACCAAGAAUGCCUCUCUUGGUGCGAUCGUACAUAAUCGUGGUAAAAAGUAAUGUCUUUGAGACAAGUUUCCUCUUUAGCAUACUGAGUACUUAUUUGGGGAGGGUCGGACGCGAAAAUAUUUGGCUGAAAAUGUUAUGAUGACGGAACGCUAUGAAACUUUAUCAUAUUCGUAGGUUCGGCCCGAUUGGUCAAUAAGCACUUAAUCAUAUGGCCACUGCCUUUUCCCUUUCUCGCUAUCUUCCUCCUGAUUUUACAUUUCGCAAGGCCAUAAACAGGGCUGUGCGGCUUUAUCCAACCUUGCACUCGCCAAACAUCACGGCUUUCGUACGCAAGAUUUCCCAAUGUUUUUAAAUCUAAGUGCACGUGGAACUGGACUGGUCAUAGGAUACAUGUCUUAGAUGUUAUUCAUUUUCAGAAUUAAACUUUGUUGUUUAAAAUAGCACCUGAUGAUCUAUACCCCUAAUUUUACGAACUACGCGGCUGAGUGAUAUUGACUUAUGAUUUCUUGAGUAGUUUAACGUAAGGUAGUUUUCAUUUCUGCCACUCUUUUGAAGAAGUUUCUGUUAAAACCAUAUCCGACUCUCUCUGACCAUCUAACCAUUUAACCAUUUAUUCUUUUUAUUAAUUCUUUCAGUGAACGAAAAAACCGGUUUGCUUGGACAGAGAGUGGUUACAAGUCAAGUGCGAGAAGAGUUCCCGCCAUCACCCACACGUGACCUUUAUCGCGCAUUGUCUCCUGGGUACUCACCGACUGGUGAUCUUGAAUGGCAAGACGAGUUCGAUUUUGAGAUGGAGCCUGGUGACCAGGGAUUCAAACAAAUGCUUCUGCCCAAGUUACAGAUGUUGCAGAAUCAUCUGAUCAAUGAAUUCUAUGACAGCGAGAAGAUGGAGACGAAAAGGAAAAAACUUUUGGAGACCACGGUAAGUUUGCCGAAGUUCCAAAGUUAGCAAGCGUUUUUUUCCAAUGUUUGGUUCCUGAGGGGUUGAGGGGGAGGGGAUAGACUAUUUGAUUCCAGAGGGGGUGGAACAGAUGAUACAACAUCUCACAAAAUUCUCACAAAUUCUUGUGCAGAUCAAACAAAAGCCCCAGAUUACAAUUAUCAGUCCAGUACAACCGCCUUCAGAUCAGUCAAAUCACAGCCAAAAUGCGAAGUCACAGAGCAUGGCUAUCGGCCCAGUACAAUGCGAACGGACACCCACCAGACAGACGGUAACAAUACUUGCACUUCUUACUUUUUUCUGCUUUCCUUUGGGCGCUUGAGUUUUCUAUGUUCCUCUUUCUUUUGCAAUAAACCUAGUUAUUUUUCUUUCCAAGUUAUUAUUCAAUUUUUCGGGUUUGCAUUCUCUCUCUGUUGAGAAUUCACCACUGAGGCUGACAGUCACUAUAACACAGUGUUGCUGAUUUUCACUUAGAUUCCACCAAAAUCUCAGAUUACGACUGACCAGGUGAGGAGGUCACAGACUUUCAAGACAACCCGCAGACAAUCGGUAAGACGUUUGAAAUUUAAUUCGGAUCUCCCUGGUUGAGUAACAAACCUUUAAACGAACUUAAAAAGCCAUAGAUUUGUGCUCAAAAAUUCUCGUUCCUGAUUGGUCGAUGCAUGGAUAGAUUAUGGAUGGCAAGAGCGGAUUUCUGUAAUGCACUUCUUCGAAAUUGAAGCUGAAGCUGAAGCACCAUGUUACUUAAAAAAAAACUUUGAAAAUCUUCAUGUUCGAUUUGUGUGUUACAGCUAUCGUCAUAAAUUUAACGUGGGAGCUUUUCUAAAGUGCUGAAAACUAUUUUGUUGAGUAACGUGCAGCGACGUCCUACAAAUUCCCUUUGGCUAGUGAUUUUGUUCUUAAUAAAAUGCAUAGAUGACAGCUUGAACUCCUUGUGAUUUCGUGCUUUAAGCCAUGUUUUGAAAUAUUUUCAAAUUGCACUCGUCCAGUUCCAAAGCUUUCAAAAGAUCACUCGUGCCGAUAAAAUGAGCUGGAACUCAUGCAAUUUCCAAUACUUACUCAAAAAUGCUUUUAAAUUUUGAAUUAAUAGUUUUGAGAUAAUAGUACAGUAAAUGUCGUAGUGUGGAUGUAAUCGUUGGGAAAAAUCGUAUCUAGAAAACUGAUUUACCCAACCAAUUAAUCUAUGAUUAUAAUUGAUAUUUAUCUUUUAGACCAAUCAUAUCUAAUCUAGAGUCUAACCUCAUUCACCACUAUUCCAUAUUCCAGUUUUUACGCCUUUACAAAAUCUAAAUUAUCAAGACUUUUUCUUUGUUUUAGGAGCAUCCCGCUAGAAAACUUCGAGUAAGAUUUGCGGAUGAAAGUCCACCAGGACGAAAUCUCACUGAUGAAGAUAAAGAGCGUUUUAAAAGGCUUCAAAAAAUGGAAAGAAGGUGAGUUUCACAGAGACAUGUCGUAGACGUUAAAAGUUAUGUUUUGAUGCUGAAUGAUACUGUUACCUUUAGUUCAGUGAAGCAGAAAUGAACUCGGCAGGCGUUUAGUAAAUUGAGAGUGGUGUUUGGCUUACCAUUGAGGUCUAUUUAUCGCAAUAUAUCUGUAAUAGAUCGCAGAUGACGUAAAAAAAAGGAGAGAACAAACAUGUGGCGCACAAGGCGCGCCUCAGAACUAGAAUAUCAGUUAAUUGCAGUUAAAACCCCCUCACUUACGUCCAGAAAUGCAUGCAGUAACGAAAAUGGUGAAAAUGCGUCAAAACCGUCAAUUCCGCCGAGCUGAUUUCGCUUUGACGAUCUUGACUAAAAUUCCCCAAAAUCGUCAAAUCCAUGAACAUUCACUCCGUUUGACGAAAUUUCGUCAUUUCUGCCAUUUUCGCGACUGCGUGCAUUUCUGGACAUAAGUGAGAAGGCUUUAACUGCAAUUAAAUGAUAUUCUAGUUAUGAGGCGCUUAGCGUGCCAUAUUUAUGUUCAUACCACAUUUUGACAUCAGGCGUGAUCUGUUACGGAGCAGACGCACGCCAACAUGGAAUCAACUGUUUAUUUAAAAAUUGUAGCUAUGGGAUCAGUAAGCGUUGAUAUGGGAACAUCUUUUAAUUCUCUCUCUCCCUUCAUUUUUCUCUUCCUGCCAGAGUCUUCGCGCAGCAUAUCAGUAGAUGGACAGCCAGUAGCCAUCUCAACUUGUCAGAGUAGAUUUUUUUAAAAUAACGUUUGUAACUACAUUUAUAGAUCGCAUACUUAGUUAUCGAUGGCAAACAUUUCCAUUACGUUGUUUUAUACCCGCUCACUCAUUCACAGUCCUUAAGAGCGUUCUUAUAGAAGAUAGCAAUUUCAAGUUGAUUAUUUCCAUAUUGAUUUCACAAGUCGUUUGAAAAGAGGAACUUUGGUGUCACGUGGCAGUGUAUAGGUUUCAAUAACAUCCGUCCUCAUACCGCGGUCUGUUUGGCGUGCGAGCAAGCUCUCGUAUUUGCGUUUUGCUUUAUGGCACAGCCGGCUAUUUCGUCCUCCGCAGCUGCCUAAAGAAACGUAAUGAACCUUCUCUACGCAGCUAACCAAAUUUAUUGAAAAAAACGUUGUUUGCAAUCUAAAAGAAUGAAGAUCGUAUGGAAUUGGCUUAGUAUGAUAACAUGACAACAACCCACAUGGUUACGAUACGUGUAAAAUACAUAUACUAUACUUUUGAUACAUUGAAAGGAAUAUGCAAAUUGCCAAUGAAAUGCAACUCCCUCCAGUCUCUUGGAAGACUUGUGUAAAGGAUGAGAAUAUUUAUAUAUUUUCCAAGAAAUAACAGAUAGGAG